CUGGCCUUUCCUGCGCUCGCUGCGUGCAAGGCCCACCCGGGAGCGGAGCGGAGCGCUCGGCAUCAGGGGAGCCUCUCCGCCAUGCAGGCCCAGCGGCGCCUGCUGUUGCCGCCGCCGCCACCUUCUGAGGAUCAAGCAGAACAUAUGGAUUCAACUCAACUAGCUGAUUGUGCAGUAUAUAUCAUGGAUAGGCAUUGGCUCAAUUGUUUCUUAAUGUAUGUGUAGGACAAAAAGGUUCAGAGAAGGAGCUGGGUGGCAUUUCCUGACAAAUGGAGAACUAUUUCCAGGCAGAGGCUUAUAACCUUGAUAAGGUCUUAGAUGAGUUUGAACAAAAUGAAGAUGAGGCUAUUUCACCUACAUUGUUGGAUGCAAAGUGGAAUCAGAUCCUAGAUCCUCCUUCCCACCGGCUGUCUUUUAACCCAGCUCUGACCAAUGUGAAUGAAUCCACAAUUCCUAAAGAGUGUCCACAGAAAUUAAAGUCAUUUUCCUUGUCUAAUUUAGUCACUGCAUCAGUAGUAGUAGGAGAUUGUUGUUCUAAUGGAAAGAAUCUUAAUAUGAGCCAAGAAAGCCCAAAGAUGUGGAUUGAUGAUCAGGCAACAACAGAUGAUCAGCUAGUAAAGAGAAAUAGUAAUCGAAAUGCUCAGUGUAAUGCUGUGGAUGAAGAAGAAAGAAAAUGUGGCAAUAUAGAUUGUUUACCAGAAGAAAAAAAUGUUCUAGUUGUAGCAGUUAUGCAUAACUGUGACAAAAAAACUUUGCAAAGUGAUCUGUUGGACUGCAAAAAUUACAGCAGUCCCCCUAUAAUGGAUACCAUUAGCUUUACACUGGAUAAUGAAACCCAACAAACAGAUCACCUUGAUGUUACUGUAAACGGGUCCACUGAGAAAGACACUGAUACUGAAAAAGAAGCUGUACAAGCAAAGAGGCUGCAUGCAGAAGAAGAUUCUGUUGACCAUUGUAUUGCUUCUGCUUCUGAUUGCCUAUCCAGUGGAUAUUCCUCUUCUCUGUUAAAGGAGAAUGAUAAUACAAAUAAAGACUCUCAGUUCUCAGAAGCUGCAACAGCAGGGAUGAAUGUAGUUUCCUUGCAGAGAUCACUUGACCAUAGUAUUAAAGUGCAAGCAAGAUGUGCAUCAGGUGAAGGUUUUGAUACCGAUGCUGUUGCUCAGAGAACAGAACUAGGAACUAGGAACUGUUCACCUAGUUCAUGCAGUGGUGAUUUUUCCACAGAGUUGUCUGCAGCAGAGCAAACAGUGCACCAGUUUCAGUCAGGGAUACCUGAGCUCUCUGCAACUUGUCAGCUGAAUGCUUUUGGAAGUGGCAAUCACUAUGAGCAUUCUGGCGGACAUUUGGCCUCUCAGGAUGUUAGUGCUGUUGAAAACGAAGCUGACAAAUAUGAAAAAGUUCUCAGCACAACUGAAUUACUCAAUACGGCAGUUUGUUUAUCAGAAUCUCAGGAGAUGACAAAUGGGGAACUGACUAAACAAAAUGAGAUGAGUAAUGGGCGAACACAUGGGGAGAACGAAGCACUGUCAUGUUCAGCAAAACUGGAAGAAGCACAUAGUAGUAAUGGAGACAGUGGUGAUGGCAUGACAGAAGCAGGUCUUGACUUAAAAGGGACAUCUGUAGAGGAGCUUGAAGAUUCCAGUCCUACUGAUGUCAUGGGUACAUCAGCAUCAAGUGGCCUGCCCAAUUGUUGUGAUUCCUAUGGAAUACAGAACCCAGUUCUUGCUCAUAUUCCAAAGACUUUACCCUCUAAGGAAGACUCUGUGACUGAGGAAAAGGAGAUAGAGGAGAGCAAAUCAGAAUGUUAUCCUAAUGUUUAUGAACAAAGAGGAAAUGAAGCCACAGACAGGAGUGGACUCAUUUUGAACUGCACUGGUGACCCAAUGAAAAAAAAAUAUUUACAUAAUCUCUGCAGUCAGGUACCAUCUGAACCAAGUCAAGCAUCACCAAAAUCAGCAGCUAGCCUGCAACCUCUCAGUGUUCCUUUUGGUGGUGCCCGACCCAAGCAGCCUACAAAUCUUAAGUUACAAAUUCCAAAGACAUUAUCGGACCAUUUACAAAAUGACUUGGUCCCCCCAAACUGUGGAGGUAUCAGUAAAAAUAAAAAUGAUAUAUCUGGAAAAGCAAAAAUUGGUGAAAAUGUAGCAGCAAAUGUAUUUUCUGAUGAAACAGCACUGAAUUCCUCAGUGACAGAUACUAGUGUGGAGCAUUCAGAUGAGUAUGAGCCUGGGGUUUCUAGUAGCUCGUGCCUUGCAGCAGCCUUGGAUAGUCCAGACAAUGAUCUUGGAGCUGGCCAGUUUGGAGUUCCUAACAGAAAGCCAUUUACUACUUUGGGUGAAGUGGCUCCAGUUUGGGUUCCAGAUUCUCAAGCACCAAACUGCAUGAAAUGUGAGGCCAGAUUUACAUUCACUAAAAGGCGACACCAUUGCAGAGCCUGUGGAAAGGUCUUCUGUGCAGCCUGCUGCAGUCUAAAAUGCAAACUGCUAUAUAUGGACAGAAAGGAAGCCAGAGUGUGUGUAAUUUGCCAUUCGGUACUAAUGAAUGCACAAGCCUGGGAGAAUAUGAUGAGUGCCUCAAGCCAGAGCCCUAAUCCUAACAAUCCUGCUGAGUACUGUUCUACCAUUCCUCCCUUGCAGCAAGCCCAAGCUUCUGGAGCCCUGAACUCCCCACCACCUACUGUUAUGGUACCUGUGGGAGUCUUAAAGCACCCUGGUGCAGAAGUGGCUCAGCCCAGAGAACAAAGACGUGUUUGGUUUGCUGAUGGCAUCUUACCCAAUGGAGAAGUUGCUGAUGCAGCCAAGUUGACAGUGUCUGGAACAACUUCCACUGGAGCGCUAGCAGUGUCGCAUGAUCCAGGCAAGCCCAUGAGCAACAGUUCUUCACCAGCGGAGACUGAAAACACACUGACGUUUUCAAGAAGUAUAACUCAGGUUGGAAGUCCAGUUGGCAGUGCAAUGAAUCUUAUUCCAGAAGAUGGGCUUCCUCCAAUUCUCAUUUCUACUGGUGUAAAAGGAGAUUAUGCUGUAGAAGAAAAACCAUCUCACAUAUCAGUGAUGCAGCAGCUAGAAGAUGGUGGCCCUGACCCUCUUGUGUUUGUUUUAAAUGCAAAUUUGCUGUCCAUGGUUAAAAUUGUGAAUUAUGUGAACAGGAAGUGCUGGUGCUUUACUACAAAGGGAAUGCAUGCGGUGGGCCAGUCAGAAAUAGUAAUUCUUCUCCAAUGUUUACCUGAUGAGAAGUGUUUGCCCAAGGAUAUCUUCAACCAUUUUGUGCAGCUUUAUCGAGAUGCCUUGGCAGGUAAUGUUGUGAGCAACUUAGGACACUCAUUUUUUAGCCAGAGUUUCCUUGGCAGUAAGGAACAUGGCGGCUUCUUGUAUGUUACACCUGCAUUUCAGUCGCUGCAGGACUUGGUGCUACCUGCCCCACCAUACUUAUUUGGGAUUCUUAUCCAGAAAUGGGAGACUCCUUGGGCCAAAGUAUUUCCCAUCCGAUUGAUGCUGAGACUUGGAGCUGAAUACAGGCUAUACCCAUGCCCACUUUUCAGUGUCAGAUUUCGUAAGCCAUUGUUUGGAGAGACUGGACAUACAAUUAUGAAUCUCCUUGCAGACUUCAGAAAUUACCAGUAUACAUUGCCAGUUGUCCAAGGCCUAGUGGUUGAUAUGGAAGUAAGGAAAACCAGCAUCAAAAUUCCCAGCAACAGAUACAAUGAGAUGAUGAAAGCCAUGAACAAGUCCAAUGAGCAUGUUCUAGCAGGUGGGGCAUGCUUCAAUGAGAGGGCAGACUCUCACCUGGUGUGUGUGCAGAAUGAUGACGGGAACUAUCAAACACAGGCCAUCAGCAUUCAUAAUCAGCCACGGAAGGUGACGGGGGCCAGCUUCUUUGUGUUUAGUGGAGCUUUAAAAUCGUCUUCAGGCUAUCUUGCAAAGUCCAGUAUUGUAGAAGAUGGUGUCAUGGUCCAGAUAACAGCUGAAAAUAUGGACUCCCUAAGGCAGGCUCUGAGGGAGAUGAAAGACUUCACUAUUGCUUGUGGUAAAAUGGAUGCUGAAGAGCCUCAAGAGCAUGUGCACAUUCAGUGGGUGGAUGACGAUAAAAACUUCAACAAAGGUGUUGUAAGCCCCAUUGAUGGAAAAUCUAUGGAGUCUAUCACUAGUAUCAAGAUAUUUCAUGGCUCAGAGUAUAAAGCAAACGGGAAAGUCAUUAGGUGGACAGAGGUUUUCUUUCUGGAAAAUGAUGACCAACAUAAUGGCUUAAGUGACCCAGCAGAUCACAGCAGGCUAACUGAAAAUGUGGCUAAGGCUUUCUGCCUGGCCUUGUGCCCUCACCUGAAGCUGUUGAAGGAAGAUGGGAUGACCAAGUUGGGUCUACGUGUUACACUUGAUGCUGAUCAAGUUGGCUACCAGGCUGGAAGCAAUGGCCAGCCACUGCCUGCUCAGUACAUGAAUGACCUGGACAGUGCCUUAGUUCCAGUGAUUCAUGGAGGGGCAUGCCAGCUGAGUGAAGGCCCAGUCAUAAUGGAGCUUAUCUUUUAUAUUCUGGAAAACAUCUCAUAA